GGUAGGGAGGAUUCAGGGCUGACAGGUUUCUCAGGGGUGCACAGGACUAAGAGCCCUCAACAAGUAAACUGAGGGUGCCACAAGGUUCUGUCCCCAGGCGUCCCCGGUGGCUUUGCGGUGCUGCCGGGAUGGCAAUGGUAACAGAGCAGUUCAGUCUAGUCCAAACUGUGUUCUGCUGGCUAGAACAGCGAUGCGGUGGAGGGGACACAGGGAGAAGCUAGCAGGAGGGAGGGGACCUCCCAGCCGGGCGAUUGGCAGCGUGCGCCCGAGUCCCCCCCAUAUCCCGCCCCCGCCCCGCCCCCGACACCAUCUGCUCAGGAUUUGCAAUCGGGAGACUCCAGGCUCGGGGGCUCCGGGCUCCGGAGGCAGCUGAUCCGGUCUGCUCCGGGCUCUGGAGCUGCCCGAGGAUACGACACCCUUCCAACCUGCUGCGCCUCCCGAAGCGGCUCCCGGUGUUCCCGCGUCCCAGCCCCGGGCCGGGCGCUGAUGGAACCGCGGCGAUGUUCACUCUGGCCAGGUUGCUGGAUUUCCAGAAAACCAAAUACGCAAGGUUUAUGAAUGACCGAGUCCCGGCACACAAGAGGUACCGGCCCACAGAGUAUGAACAUGCAGCGAACUGUGCCACCCAUGCUUUCUGGAUCAUUCCCAGCAUCCUUGGCAGCUCCAACCUCUACUUCCUGUCCGAUGAUGACUGGGAGACCAUAUCUGCCUGGAUCUACGGCCUUGGCCUUUGUGGCCUCUUUGUGGUAUCCACCAUUUUCCACACAGUCUCAUGGAAGAAGAGCCAUCUCAGGAUGGUAGAACACUGCCUGCACAUGAUCGACAGGAUGGUGAUUUACUUCUUCAUUGCGGCCUCCUAUGCUCCUUGUGCUAGGUAAACGUCCUCCCUCCCACUUUCUGAGUUGGGGUCUGGCUGUGUAGCCCUGACUGGUCAGGAACUUUGAUGAGCAGAUCCUCCGACUUCAGUCUUCCCAAGACUGGGACUAGGUGUGUUCAGCCACGCUCAGCUACUUAACGCCUUUGUGAUGACCGUUCAGUUACGUCGUGAGUAGAGGGCCUCCCUACUCAGUGUCUGACUCCUCCUCCUUAUCAUCAUCACCCUCAUCCUCCUCUUUCCUCAUCUCCCCCGUUUUCUUUCAGCAGUUGGGAGCCCUUGCAGAGAACCCAAGUUCAGUUCCCAGCACCCAUGUUGAACAGCUCACAACCCCCUGUACCUCCGGGUCUAAGGAGUAUAGCGCCCUCUUCUGGCCUCCACUGGCACCUGCACUCAUGUGUACCACUACACACAGAUACAUAGUUUUAAAAAAUGUUAAAGGCUUUCUCAUCCAAGGAAUUCACUCCAGUGUAGAGUUAAAGGCUUUUCUUCAUCCCCUUAUUAAUUGUCUUUUUCUAAGUCUCCCUGCAUGGGAAGGGACUCAGAUCUCUCUCCACAUCUACAUGCAAUUUAUCCUGUAUGCAAACAAUAUAAUCUUGCUGUCUUGCCAUCCACCCUGGGCUGUGAUAGAUUCACUGGCGAAAGCAACUUAAGGGAGAAGAUAUUUAUUCCAAUUCUUGGUUUGGAGAACAGCAGGAAUUUGAAGAAAAAUGUCCCUACAUUUUUCUCCCUACAUACGUGUACAUUUUAUUUCAUUGACAGCACUAACCACCACAUUGCUAUUCUUUUUUUUUAAUUUAAUUAUUUUUAUUUUAUGAGCAUUAGUGUUUUGCCUCCAUGUAUGUCUAUGUCUUUGUGAGGGUGUCAGAGCUCCUGCAACUGGGGUCACAGACAGUUGUGAGCCACCACGUGGGUGCGGGAAACUGAACUCAGGACCUCUGGAAGAGCAGGUAGUGCUCUUAACCACUGAGCCAUUGCUCAGGCCAUGCUACAUUUCUUCUUCCCUUUUAAGAUUUAUUAUUUUUGUUUCAAAUUUUAUAUACUUUAUUAUGGAAACUUGUUAAAUUAAACAUUGCCAAAAUUAGCCAUGCCCCUAGUCUGUACAUCUCAGUGAGCUUCUGUACAGCUAGAGUAGCCAUUUGGAAUGGAUGUUGUAGCGCUUCUUAUUGGGUUUUAUACAUUUAUUAUCAAAUGUAUUUUUAUGCACGUAUCUGUCUUAGGGUUUUACUGCUGUGAACAGGCACCAUGACCAAGGCAUCUCUCAUAAGGACGACAUUUAAUUGGGGCUGACUUCCAGGUUCAGAGAUUCAGUCCAUUAUCGUCAAGGCAGGAGCAUGGCAGUAUCCAGGCAGGCAUGGUGCAGGAGGAGCUGAGAGUUCUGCAUCUUCACCGGAAGGAAGCCAGGAACAGACAGCAUCCUGAAGCAGCUAGGAGGAGGGUCUCCGAGCCCACCCCGGCAGUGACACACUUCCUCCAACAAGGCCACACCUUCUAAUAGUGCCACUCCCUGGGCCAUGCAUAUGCAAACCAUCACAGUAUCCAUCAUCCCAAACAGAAAAUCCAUGACAGAGUUAGAACCAGGAAAACUAUUAGCUAUAUAUCCUCUUUUGUAACUCACUUUGAUACGGCAUUCCGUUCUUCCCAUCCCAUAAUCUUCAGCCUCCUUCUCUUUCCAACAUGUUAUGUGCUUUUGUUUACAGGCUUAUAUAAUGUAAACAUAUAUAUUAUAUACAUAUGCAUGCAUGCGUCUGUGUGUGACAAUGUGUGUAGGUGCCCCAUGUGCAGACUGUGGAGGUCAGAAGAGAGCUUCAAGCCCCUUGGAACGGGAGUUACAGGUGGCCAAUGUGGGUGCUUGGAAUUGAACCUAGAUUCUCUGCAAGAGCAACAAGUCUCUGUCUCUCUCUCUUUUCCUCCCUCUCUUCCCUCUGUCUUUCUUCCUCCGUCCCUCUCUCCCUCCUUGCCCUCUCUCUGAAGGGCCUACUGUGAAAUCCUGGAUGGCUUGGUUUCCACCUGGCUCUGCCUCCUGAAGCUGUGUUCUACCAUCGCUGGCCCAACAAAUAGUCAUAGCCACUGAGCCAUUUCUCCAAACUCAAGCUUGCUGUUCGUGACUGAUCUCCCAGCUCCAACAGCUAUAACAGCCUCUGGGGAUUUCACCACGUUGGUUCAAACAAUCUAUACGCCUAUUUUUUUUCCAAGAUAAGGUUUCUCUGUGUAUCCCUGGCCAUCCUGGAACUUGGUCUGUAGACCAGGUUGGCCUUGAACUUAAAGAUCCCAGCCUUGCCAUCCAUUCUACUUUACAAUGACUGUGAAUAGGGCCCUUAAGAUGACUUAGCCUGAUGCAGUCAUUCACAUUUUUUUUUUCCAGAGCUGAGGACUGAACCCAGGGCCUUGCGCUUGCUAGGCAAGCGCUCUACCACUGAGCUAAAUCCCCAAUCCCCUCAUUUUUAAUCCCAGCACUCAGGAGGCAGAAGUAGAUGGAUCUCUGUGAGUUUGAAGGUAGCCUGGACCACAUAGUGAGUUCCAGGCUAGCCAGGGCCAGGUAGAGGGACUCUGUCUCCACCAACCAACCAACCAAUCAACCAGCCAAACACACACACAAACAAACAAACAAGAUGACUUAGCAGGUUAAAGAAUUAGGGGCCUGGGCUGGAGAGAUGGCUCAGUGGUUAAGAACACCCAACUGUUCUUCCAGAGGUCAUGAGUUCAAUUCCCAGCAACCACAUGGUGGCUCACAACCAUCUGUAAAGAGAUCCGAUGCCCUCUUCUGGUGUAUCUGAAGACAGCUACAGUGUACUUAUAUAUAAUAAAAUAAAUCUUUAAAAAAAAAAAAAAAGAAUUAGGGGCCUGUAGACAGCCCUGACUUCUAUAGGCAAACCUGAGUUUUCUCCCCAGCA